CUCAGUGGAGGAGAACACAGAAGCCAGGGGAGAGAGAAAUCAGGGACCCUAAGAGGCCCCAGCAAGUGACAGCAAGCACUGGGACCCCCAGCACAGGAGAAGCCAGGCCUGUGGGGCUUCACCACGCGGCCUGCCUGCAUCCCCCUCUCCUGCCCCAAGCUCAGCUGUGAAAACCCAAAGGGACACCGUGUGGCCCUCAAUAAAUAUUUGUCCAACGUGUGGAUGAGUAAAGGCAAGAGAGGGGGCGUGUUUUGGAAGUUCAUCCCUACCGACCACACCUCAGUAGUAACUCCCAGAUAAAACUCUCCCCGCCUGGCGGCCGCCACGAACAAAAAAGCCAGUGUAGGGGCCCCCUCAGGACGCGGAGCCAUGCCCAGGUACACGGUGCACGUGCGCGGAGAAUGGCUGGCCGUGCCCUGCCGGGACGCACAGCUCACCAUCGGCUGGCUGGGCCGCGAGGCCAUCAGGAGGUACAUCAAGAAUAAGCCAGACAACGGGGGCUUCGACUCGGUGGAUGACGUGCGCUUCCUCAUGCGCCGGUGCAAGGGCCUGGGCCUGCUGGACCACGAAGACCCGCUGGAGGUGGCCCUGGAGGACAACGAGUUCGUGGAAGUGGUUAUAGAGGGCGAUGCCAUGUCUCCCGACUUCAUUCCAUCACAACCAGAAGGAGUUUACCUAUACAGCAAAUACCGGGAGCCUGAAAAGUACAUUGCCUUAGAUGGGGAAACUCUGACCACAGAGGAUCUGGUCAACUUGGGGAAAGGACGCUACAAAAUAAAGCUCACCCCAGCUGCCGAAAAGAAGGUGCAAAAAUCCAGGGAAGUCAUAGAUAGCAUCGUGAAAGAAAAAACUGUUGUUUAUGGUAUAACUACAGGUUUUGGGAAAUUUGCCAGAACUGUAAUUCCUGUCAGUAAGCUAGAAGAGCUCCAGGUCAACUUAGUACGUUCACAUUCUUCAGGUGUUGGGAAACCACUAAUCCCUGAGAGAUGUCGGAUGCUCUUGGCUUUAAGGAUCAAUGUCUUAGCCAAAGGAUACAGUGGCAUUUCCCUGGAGACCCUCAAGCAAGUUAUCGAAGUAUUUAAUGCCUCCUGCCUGCCCUAUGUUCCAGAGAAAGGAACCGUUGGCGCCAGUGGGGACCUUGCCCCGCUCUCUCAUCUUGCUCUUGGGUUAAUUGGAGAAGGGAAGAUGUGGUCUCCAAAGAGUGGCUGGGCUGAUGCGAAAUACGUCCUGGAAGCUCAUGGAUUAAAACCAGUUGUUUUGAAACCGAAAGAGGGCCUGGCGCUCAUCAACGGGACACAGAUGAUCACCUCCCUGGGCUGUGAGGCCGUGGAGCGAGCGAGUGCUAUUUCGCGGCAGGCAGACAUCGUGGCGGCCUUGACCCUUGAGGUGCUGAAGGGCACCACCAAAGCCUUCGAUACUGACAUUCACGCAGUCCGCCCUCACCGUGGGCAAAUUGAAGUUGCUUUUCGGUUUCGGUCACUCUUGGACUCAGAUCACCACCCAUCUGAAAUAGCAGAAAGUCACAGGUUCUGUGAUCGUGUUCAGGAUGCAUACACCUUGCGCUGCUGUCCACAGGUCCAUGGUGUGGUGAAUGACACGAUAGCGUUUGUGAAGAAUAUCAUUACCACAGAACUUAAUAGUGCAACAGAUAAUCCUAUGGUUUUUGCCAGCAGGGGAGAGACUGUUUCUGGAGGAAACUUCCAUGGUGAAUACCCAGCCAAAGCCCUAGACUAUUUGGCCAUUGGAGUCCAUGAACUUGCUUCAAUUAGUGAAAGAAGAAUUGAAAGGCUCUGUAACCCCUCUCUCAGCGAGCUGCCUCCCUUCCUGGUGGCUGAAGGUGGUCUGAACUCUGGGUUCAUGAUUGCUCAUUGCACUGCCGCGGCGCUUGUUUCUGAGAACAAGGCUCUGUGCCACCCCUCGUCUGUGGACUCUCUCUCCACCAGCGCUGCCACGGAGGACCAUGUCUCCAUGGGAGGAUGGGCAGCAAGGAAGGCCCUUCGGGUCAUCGAGCACGUGGAACAAGUGCUGGCCAUCGAGCUUCUUGCAGCCUGCCAGGGCAUAGAGUUUCUACGCCCCCUGAGAACAACCACUCCUCUGGAGAAGGUCUAUGACCUGGUGCGCUCUGUUGUAAGUUUGAUGUGCUUCCUCGGUAGGCCCUGGAUAAAAGAUCGCUUCAUGGCUCCAGACAUUGAGGCUGCUCACAGGCUGCUUGUAGAGCAGAAGGUUUGGGAGGUCGCUGCACCAUAUAUUGAAAAAUACAGAAUGGAACAUAUUCCAGAAUCCAGACCUGUUUCUCCAACAGCCUUUUCACUGGAAUUUCUACAUAAGAAAUCCAUCAAAAUUCCAGAGUCCGAGGAUCUUUAAUGGGCUUUGUCAUAGAUUAGCAGCUCAGGUCCUUGGUUGAACAGCAAGCAAUAUCAUGCUGAAGAAGAGGCCUGAGGACUUUCUUAAGUAGAUCAAUCCAUUAUAUUGUUCAGUUCUGCUAAAACCUCCUUUGCUUAGGCUGGUGACAGCAUUGAAUUUGCUCACUCUAGCACUGUGUUCUUGUUGACCUGGUUUGAGACACAGAAGCUGUUUUCAGAUUAUAGGAGUUUUCUUUCUUCCUUAACAGUAUCAACAGGCCACAGGCCAUUUAACAUUAUCUGAAUUUGAAACAGAUUGAUGAUAUUCUUUUCCAAAAACAUUAGACUUUUGUGAAUCUCUUUUUUUUUUAUGGUUUGAAAAGCUCUCCACUAGAUAACUGUGGCUGUUUGAAUUAUACCACGAUAUGAUGAAUGUUCCUUACAAGGCUUUGAUCAACAACUUCUGAAGUCAUAAUUUGUCCUGAAGCUUCUCUUUCUUCUAUUAAUUGCAUCAUAGUAUAGUCAAUAGGUCCAACGAGGUUUUGUGUAAAGGAGUUUUGCUACUGGAGUGGCCCUUACUGAUAUUUAUCAAAUAUCACUAUACAUCUCAAAAAAAAAAAAAAUCUCAGAUGCUUAAGCUGGAGUUAGAGGUUAGUAUUAUUACCUUCUUACUAUGUGUUAGUACUUUAUUCACAGUCCUUUAACAACCCUGCAUUAAGAAGCCUCCUGUCCCACAGAUAAGGAAUCUUAUGUUCAAAGGUAACCACCCCCUUCUCUGUAAUGGUAAUCCUUAAAAGGAGGAAUUAUUGACAAAGGUCGAUGGGGCCCUGGGAUGUGUUACCCAAUCUGUUUUUUCCUCAAAAAAGAAGGCAAAGGGCCGUCUGGGAUCAUCUGGAUGAAAGACGGGUUGGAGGAGCUCUUGGCUUCCCAAGGCUAACUGUGACUUCGCACCUACGUGUGCAAGGGCGUGCAAGGCACUCCAAGGGCGGGAGCCUGGGCCACGGCUCUAAUACAUCUACGGUAGCCCGAGGAAAGAACAGACACACUUGCCAGCUUGCUGACCCGCUUCCAGCCUGAAAUGGGUCCAACGGUGUAUUUCACAGUAGGGUUUCACUCCUUAGCUGGCACCCCGUCCCCAGGAAAAGGUGGAGACCGAAGUGAAAACCGCUGCCUACAGAGACUCGGUGACCGAAAGUGGGCCGAGGAGCCUGUCUACCGAAAGCCCUUCUGGGGACGCUGUCCUUUGCUAAAAUGUCAACAGGCACGAAUGAGGUUUCUUCGUGCUUAGCCACGAAGCCCAGUCGAGCCAGUAAACCCAGCGGUCUGGUGGCGGCUCUUCCCAGCAGUCUGGGGAGGACUGGAUCCCCACGGGCCUCUGCGGUCUUCCGGGGCACUUUCUGAUUGAGUCUUCGAGACAGCUCUCUGACAAACGGAUUAUCACAUGCCUCCAAGAGAAUGUCAAGGUAAACGUGGAAUAAACCACGUCUCAGUUGUCUUACGUCGUCACACUGGUCUUAGAUUUUUAUAACAGAGUUGAGCGCCUCUUCAGGGAAAGCCUAUUCUGGCUGCAGUUAAUCAGGUUUCUGAAAGGUUUGGUCAGUGAAUAUUAGCACAUCGCCGCGUGUCGUUAGAAAGUGUGGUUGAGGGCGCCUGGGUGGCUCAGAUGGUUGAGCGUCUGCCUUCGGCUCAGGUCAUGAUCUCAGGGUCCUGGGAUCGAGACCCGCAUCGGGCUCCCUGCUCCUUGGGAGCCUGCUCCUCCCUCUGCCUCUCUCUCUCAUGAAUAAAUAAAUAAAAUCUUUAAAAAAAUUAAAAAAAAAACUUAAAAAAAAAAAAAAAAGAAAGUGUGGUUGAUUCCGUUCUCCUUCCCGUGGAGUAGCAGCAAGGAUUGGAGGCAUCUCAAUGUCCUCCCAGCAGGCUCACCCGGGCUUCUUCCCCUGCCGUCUCAGGGCAGCCAGAGGGCGAGCCCCACAGCAUGAGGGCUGAUAGACUUCUACAACGCCACGCUUGCUAAUGUCCUGUUGGCCAAAGCAAGUCACCCUUUCCAGCCCAAGCUAGCCUGGGAGAGGAAUACUCAAUGGCAUUGGCAUGUGGUUUGCGGUCCGUUACUGUAACAAUCUACCACGUAUGUAAAAUCAAACAUAGAACCUGAAAAAUUCGAGACACUUUUCAUUACUACUUUAAACUUUAGUCUUAUCUUUGUGUCUGGUCACUGGAUUAUUAUCGUUUUAUUAAACCUUCUCAUUAUCUCA